AUGCAUAUAACGCUACGUGGAAAAUCACUGGGAAUCGAAUCGGGCUUGUUUUUGUGUAUUGAGGUUUACUGUACGAGAGGACUACGAGGGCGAGAGGACUGCAAGCGAAGGGCCGGAGAGGCAUUAUAAUUUGACGGCCUAUUUUGGCCCCAUCAAAGCCUGGUCCUGUGCCAACAAGACACCAACGCAUCCUCAGAUACCUCAAGAGUCAUGUCGAAUAUGUUUUUCAGUCUUCGUUAGCUUUAUAAUUAAUUAAAUGAAUCCCCUUUCCGAACGAAUUUUUCUCGCGAAGCCUUUUCAGUUGGCUUGUACUUGUCCUGCGUAUUCUCUAGAUCCAUUCAGACGUCCUCACUGCACUGAGUUGAUCUUCCAAGCUCCACGGGAAACGGAUCAACUUCAACAAGUUAACCCAAUCAACUCAUUCGUUAACAUUCCAGUUCACUACUUCCAAUGACUACUUUGUUGCCAUUUAGGUAAUGCGUUCCUUUGUGUUCCCGACCGUCUGCCCUCAGGAUUCUUACCCGAGCCAGGAAACGACACCGAUAACCAAGAUGCCAACAGGUGAUAAGAUGACCGUCUCUCAGCGCCCGCCUGCUACGGCAGCCGUCCAGAUGCCCGAUUGCAAGGCGACCGCUGAGAAUUACGCCAACAACAACAUAGCCGAUGAAACAUGCUUGCUCUCAGAACAAAUGGACCUCAUGAUGAGUAUUUCGUCUGUGGAAGACUUCCACAGUGGUCUAGAUGACAGCAGGAGGAAGCGCAAGAAGAAGAAGAAGAGGACUUCAGGAAUCGUGCCAAAUAGAUUUGAAGAUGUGUAUGAUUUGACUGGAGAGCUUCUGGGCUCUGGGUCGUAUGCUUCAGUGAGAACCUGUCGACAGAUUUCUUCAGGAAAGGAGUAUGCCGUCAAGAUGAUGGAGAAGAGACCAGGAAACAGUCGUACCAAGAUCUUCAGGGAGGUAGAGACACUCUACCACUGUCAGGGACAUAAUAACAUUCUGCAGCUGAUUGAAUACUUUGAAGACGAUGACAGGUUCUACCUCAUCUUUGAGAAGAUGUACGGAGGUGCCUUACUGCAGCACAUCGAGCAGCGCGGGACCUUCACUGAACAGGAGGCUAGUCAGGUCAUCCGAGACAUCGCCAGUGCCCUCUCAUUCCUUCACAACAAAGGUAUUGCCCACCGUGACCUCAAACCAGAGAACAUCCUGUGCGAGAGCAUGUACAGCAUCUCACCAAUCAAGAUCUGUGACUUUGGCCUUGGAAGCGGGAUCCACCUCAGCAGCCAGUACAACACCCCCGUCACCACGCCCGAGCUACUCACCCCCGUGGGCUCGGCAGAGUUCAUGGCACCGGAGAUUGUGGAGGCGUUCAUCUACGACCUACAGGCCACCGUGUAUGAUAAGAGAUGUGACCUCUGGAGUCUAGGAGUGAUCCUCUACAUCCUGCUGUGUGGCCACCCGCCCUUCGUAGGGUCCUGUGGUGAAGACUGUGGCUGGGAUAGAGGAGAGGCCUGUCAAGACUGUGAGGAGCUGCUGUUGCACUGCAUACAGUCUGGGGAGUAUGACUUCCAUGGUGCGGAGUGGGAACACAUCUCUGCUGGGGCCAAGGAUCUUAUCUCACACCUGUUGGUUCGGGAUGCCAAGCAGAGAUACACCGCAGGCAUGGUCCUCAAUCACCCAUGGGUCAAACAGCCUCCAAGCACACCUCUUCUGACCCCUGCAAUCAUCAAACGCAACAACAGUGCCAAAGAUCUGAGCCAGUUUGCAGCGGAUGCUGUUGCCUGCAACCGCCUCGUCGCUCAGAAGGAGGAGGACGAGAUUCAAGAAGAAGUGAUCGAGGAGGAUGUCGAUACCGAGGACGACGGCGGCAUCUGCAUCAUCAGACCCUCUGGCCAACUCAACAACGGUGGACUCAACAACUUUGGCCUGUCGCCUCCGGGUCAGUCGGCAUUGGCCAAGCGACGUGCAGCGAUGCACAGCCAAGGGAGGGACCAGUGUAUUACGAUCCAGGCAUAGAGGAGUGGUCUUUGAGACGGACUAGAUUUAGGACAGUGUGUGAAAGAUUCUUGGUAAACCUCAUCCAUCAAAAUCAGACUAAUUGACGCUUUCUUGAUAAAGCAUGGAAGCUUGCAAAGCUUAACGGACUUGAUGUGUGUCUUGAGCAAAUUGUGACCGACCAAAGUGUAGUUGAUCUUAAGGCAAUGAUUGAGGUAGGAGCCUAGCUCUGCUCGUUUCGUUGGCCUGUAAGUUUGUAAGAACGGAUUCAAGUGUAAUAAGGAAAAUGGAGCUUUCGUAGAGUAAGAAUUCCAUGCAGACAGUGGCUUGUGCUUCAUUACUUCUGGUUUGUUUGAUUUAUUUAGAGCUAUUUCCUUGUCGGAAACAGAUUGAAUUUCUCUUACCUCUGUUGUACCCAAUGCAUAAUCACUGACUUGUUUUUCACAUUGUGUAUAAUUUAAAUCGAAUGUCACUUAUGGGUUAUCGACUUUGAUUUGUUUAUGUAUAUGAUUAUCAUGUACAAUUUGAAAAAGAAAAAAAAAAGAAAGAAAAAAAAAGAAAAACAAUAGAAGGUCAAAUAACCCACUGACUAAGGCAAGCCAAUUUGCAAGUAAACUAUGAAGCACGGCUACGUGUUCUGUGGUGACUUUUUCUAUAACAGCAUUUGUGUAUUCGUAAGCCAAUGUGAAAGAGAAGAUCAAAUAUUUUUUAAACAGUCUAUUUUUAUUUGUUGGUUGAUAUCGUGCAAGAUUUGAUAGUCUUCCCUCUAGGAGGUAGAGAUGUGGGACGGGGAUCCUAAUGUGCUAGUCAUUUCUCAUUAGAUAAACAUGAAAUAAAAAUACAAUAAAAUGGCUUAUUAAAGUGCUGUUUUUCGUGUAUGAAGGACCGAAUAAAUUCACAUUUCUGAAGCCAUUCGUGCGAGAAACAUCAGCAUGUUUAGUAGUAUUUCAAAAAUAUCAAUAUCGUUAUUAUUUUUGAUCGAUAAAACAUUCCAUGUAUUUGAAAUUUGGCCUUUUACCAAUAUCAAAAGGUUACUAAUGUUUUUGUUUACCAGCACUGAAGUUGCUUCAAAAUAAUUAUAGGGCUCCUUUUGUUUUGUUUUUAGAGGGUGGUUAUGUUGGCAUUAAAAUUUUACUUCAAAUUCAUAAAAGUGGUCAGUUCCCUAUGAAAAAUCAUGCAAAAUGUUUAUUUUAUUCUUUGUACCUUUGUGAAAUUCAUUUCUUGUACAUACUGUUUGGAUUGUGUACAGAUUUGUAAAUAAUAUGCAACAACAAGAGAAAAGGAAUCAUUAUUGCAUGAGGGAGAACGUUGAAAGCUUGAAUUUGAAGUGCUAUUAAUAGAUUAUGUUCUAUAAGUCAGUCGGUCAUGGGGCAUCGCCUGUUAAUGAACAGAACGGUAUACUUUUAACAUUACGUCUGGAAAGUUAGAUUUAAGAUUUAAUUUUGCAAAUCUUUACUACAUUAGAUUACUUGCACAAUUCAAAGAACAACAAAAAAAGAGUUAACUUUGUGUACUCUUAUUUGGAAGUAACACAAGAAUUUUCAUGUUUCUGAUCGAGUCUGACGUGCUAAAAAUGGUGAUGACAAUCUAGGGUUAAAGUUCCGCCAUAUAGCGGUUUAAACAGUUAUGGGGUUCAGGCUCUUUCAGAUAUGACGCGGUAAACCACAAACAAAAUAAUCCACGUUUGUAAAUGAAUGGCAACUCAACUGCUUGCAUUAAGGUUCAGUGCACAUUUAUUGAGUCUGUGUCAUAAGAUAGAGAAAUGUGCCAGUGUAUUACUUUAAGUCAACAUAAAAAUGAUGCUGUGAUUUUGCCUUGUCAUAUCAGAAUGAAGCCUUAGAUCUUCAAAACACGUAGAGAACCAUUCAAGUCUUCCUUGUACUUGUGUGUUAAAACAAAAGACAGUACACACCUUAAGGUACAGUUCAAAGUUCAUUGCUACAAGACUCUUUCAUUCAGAGUGCACAGAUGAGGGACACUGGUCACCUGAUCGAUCCUGUGCUAUCUACACUGGUCACCUGAUCGAUCAUGUGGUAUCUAAAACGGGGGCAUUGUCUGUCAUAUGUAUCUGCUUCAUAAUGCGAGUUUUAAUUGUGAAGGAGACAUAAAACGGGAUAUAUGGCUAAAAAUGUUAAACGGGAUUGGAAAAGAACACUUUGCAUACCUUUAUGAAAUGAAGGAAGGAAAAGCUGUAUUUAAAAAAAAAGGGAUAUGUCUCCAAAAGGGGGAAGAAAAAGAAGAAAAAAAAGAUGGGACAGUUAAGGCCAAUGCGAUUACUAGUAAGAAAAGCAUGUCCAGUUUUAACACUAACAUUUUUUUGGGAAACUUUCCUGUGUCUUUAAAAAGGGAUCUUCAAAUCAUGCAACUCUUGUUGGUUCCCUAUCGCAAUGACAGGGAAACCUCAUGCAGUCCUUCCAAUCAAGAAAGCCCCCUUGUACCACUGAACUCCCUUGUGAUGUGUAGUACCUUUUGAUAGGAACCUGGUGCAAUUCUUGUGAGCGAUGUAGACUAAUAUCGCUCUAGGUUUAUUUUCAUUAUGGGUACAGUUCAAAAUUACACUUAAUUCUUCUGAUGAAUCAUGUGGAGUUGUUUUUUAAAACAGUUUCCCCUGUGAAAUUGCACGUUUCUGCUAAAUGUUGAUUUAUAGAAAGGCAUUUAGAAGCAGGUCUUCUAAGGCUUUUAUAGAUCUAGUUGGGGAUUACUUACUCUUUGCGAGUCAUUUAAAAUAAAGGUUUGAAAUAAAAUUGAACAAAGACGCUAUGUGUGGGUCUACGAGAUUAGGUUGUGAUAUAUAUAUAUGAAAAUAUAUAAGUAAAAAAUAAUAAGUAAAAGCUAGAAAAUUUGUUUAGUUUUGGUCUUGAAUGGAGGUACGAUUCACAUACGUAUUGGGUUUACUUGUGCUCAAGAACACAUGUGCAAUAUAAGUUGAGCUUUACACAUUGUUGAUCUAAAAUAUAUAUCAAGUUACUGAAGGCAUUAUGUCGUGUGAAAUGAAAUGCAAAUUCAGAUAAGAAAUUUAACUUUUUCAUUUCCAUUAUCAUUAAAAUCUUACCAGAUAUGAAACUGGUUUUAAUUUCAAAGUGAUCAGGUUUUCAUUUCCUUUGGUGCAUUUUAGAAGUUUAUCAUUUUUAUACCGAUUUGCUAUCCUUUUUGUAUUAUGUUUUAUAUUAUUUGUAACUUUUGGCCCAGCCGGGCCGUUAGAUUUCUUUUUUCAUUUUUCUAAGUUUGGGUAUUAAAACUCUCUUAUUUUUCUGUAAUGCAAAACCAGAAAUCUUCUGCAAAUGGCAAACAACAGGGAUUUUUCACGGCAAGGGAUUUUUGGAAACCCAAGUAUUAACAUUGUUGUUGUAGUUGUCAUUCAGUUAUUAUAUGAAUAUUAAGCCACUCGCAACAUCUAUGCUUAUUUCAGGGGAGAGUAAGUUUCUGGUUCUGUUUUGUUUGAAGGUAGGGUUAAUAAGACAUGGCCACAUCGAGAGAUGUAGAAAGCAGUGUAGUUGAUGUUCAUUCUGUAGGGAGUUAAGGACGCUUUUCUUUCCUGUAUUGUAUGACGUGUACUAGCUUUCAGCAAAGAAGUUUCAUGUCAGCCUGCUGGCCAGGCUUAUGCUGUUGAUUUUAAGAGAAAAUGUGACACCUCUACAAUGUUUUUCAUAGAACUUUAUUGAAACACGGCAUUGAUUAAUUGCGUUUUCUUUUGGUACAAUAUUGAUGUGAGAUCAAAAGCAUUCAGGAAACGUGACAUGUUGGCAUGAAGGUGAUCUGAAUGAAUGUCUUCCUUCAUGUUUUCAUGCCGUGCAAGUAUUUUGGCUUUAGUUGGAAGCAUCAGAUGAUGGGAUUGCUUAGCAAAUAUUUUGCUGAGAAUUCAAGAUGGGUGCACUCAUCUAUACAUGGAGUGUGUCGUUUUGGAGAGUUAUGUGAAGGUCACCUUUGACUUCCUUUCACGUUAUGCCAGCAGGUCAAAUUUUCUUGUCUAAUAUGAUAUGUAGAUGCCAUAUGCAGUGCCUUUUUUAGGAGAUGUUUUGAAGAAAAUGACCAUUCCUACCAAUAUGUGGUGAUAAAUUUAAGGGGGGGGGGGGUAUUAAAAAAAAGCUAUCAUGUUUGUGCUAUGUGAGAAAGGAGUAAAUAAUGUGCAUUCGUUUUUUUCUUGGAAUGGGGGCAUUAUUAUACGAUUGGUAAUUUGUUUUGGAAAAAAAGUUUUUUUAAACGAAAACGUGAAAUUAAAUAUUCAGGGGGGUUGGGAGAGAUAUGCAGGUUAUCAAGAUGUGUAUUCUACAGUUUACUUUCAGAAUGGAUAUCAUUAUCAACACCAGACAGUACUGCUUACUCACGCCAUCGGGGUCCAAUUAGGGGGUCUAAUUCUUUUGUACGUUUUGUGUGGGAUAAGUUUUCAUUAUCCCCCAUCUUCUUCAUGGGGUGUGUUAACAUGAUUUCAUCCUUGGUUUAUACAUAAGAAUGAUGUUUCUGUGUGAAUUUAAGUUAAGAAGACUCAGAUGUAUGGGUUUUGGAGGUGAUUUUGGCUUGAACUAUCAGUAUUGUAGUACACACAUUGUCUUUAUGUUUCUGUGGAGAAGAACUUUUAAACACAGCUUUAUUUGAAAAACACAAUGUAUUUGAGAGAUCCAAUAAAAGUCUGGAAACAAUA